AUGUGCAAUUACCGAUACCGAGUGUGGAAGUGCGGCUGCAAGGAAAGGUUCCUCACAGAUGAAUGCAGCUACGCCGGCGGUCGAGGUCACACACUACACAAGGAUCGCAAGAGGUCAGACAAAGACGGACGAGGCGGCUGCCCCGGUGGCUGUGGUCGACCAAGCUCUGCAAAUUCCUCGUCAUCGUCUCCAAGUUCAUCACAUGGAGCUCGACCAGCACCCAAGCCCGCAAAGGAUAUUCUCAGCGAUGAAGGCACAGCAAAGGUCGUGGGAAAGCUCGCGCUAGGUGUGGUGAAGACUGUCACCGCGAAGUGA